AAACUUAAUUACACUAAACAGUUAACCUUAUCAGAUAAGGUGCAACAAUUCAGGUCAUACUUUGUUAAAAGUCGUCCAUCAUGAUUGCAGGAAAGAUGGAUACCGCCACCAUAUUGUUCAUUUUUACAUGUUUUUUGCUCGUUCACCAGACAUUUGGUGCUCAUGGAUCUGUCAUGUGUCGGCAAUGUAAGAAUGUGAAGGGACCAGGUGACUGUCAUCAGUUUAAACUUCACUGUGGUCAUGGGGAAGUAUGUGUUACUGAUGUGUUUAAAAUGGCAGAUGGCACGCACAGUUUUAACUAUGGCUGCAAACACGAGGGAGAGACUUGUGGACACCAUCACCAUGCAUCGCCCGAUCUUGUCGGCAAGAGGCGCCGUGGGAAAAGAAAUGAAGGGACACAUGUUUGUCAGGAGUGCUGCCAUGCAACUGGCUGUGAUCUGCACACAUGUACAAAGUAUAUAGACCACGGAGCAACAUCUGUCCCAGCUCAAAUAACUACAGGUGAUAAUGGAUGUAGAGACUAUGAAACUGCGACGUUCCGGUGUGCAGAAUUUGAUAAGUAUAAUUUCUGUUCAGACCAGUCCUCUGUGGCAUAUGCCAUCGCACACGAGAAAUGUGCAAAGCACUGUGGCUUUUGCAGUCCAUCCGGAAACUUGAGUCCCGUAACCGCGGCGCCUACAACACAACGUCCAGUCGUUAUUGUAACUGAUUCUGUUGACAUAACACCUGCCAUUGUGAACGUUGACGUUACGUCUGGUAGCGCUGAUUGCGUGGACAGUGAUCAACAAACAUUACCUUGUGCCGAUAUUGAGCGUUAUGGGUUCUGUUCCCCAGAUUCAGGUGCAGGGUUUUCUCUGGCUAAAACAACAUGCAAAAAGACAUGCAAACUUUGCUAGUAAAGGUGUUAACAUCAGCAAGGGAGUUGUUUUUUUCGUUACAAUGGAUCAUGUUACAAAUAAAACUAUGUCCUCGUG